AUGGAAGAUCCUCAAGAAGUGCAUCUUAGCAAAAAUGAAACUGCAGUAAAAGAAUCAAAUUUCCUGGAGGGAAAUGGUUUUCGUGCUCCAAAGAAUGAGUCAACAAUGAGAAGGAAAAAAGUGUAUUACCGUUGGUUCAGAAUAGCCAUCCAUAUUGCACUUGUGUUGGUUUGUGGAUCAGCUGCACUACUCCUUGGAAGGUUGUACUAUGAAAAAGGUGGGAAGAGUAAGUGGAUGGGAACAGCCCAAGCGAUUCCCACUUGGAUUUGGUACCUUCCUGUCUCUACCUAUUCACUCAUUUGCUCAUCCCAGUUGGCUUUUAAUGCUUUCUUCUCGUACUUCCUCAAUUCACACAAGUUCACACCUUACAUAAUCAACUCUCUAGCCCUCCUUACCAUUUCUUCUACCCUCCUUGUGUUUCAAAACGAGUCAUCAGAUGAUUCAGACUCCACACAAAUCUCUAAAAAGAAGUAUGUGGUUGGAUUUAUGUGCACUGUUGCUGCAUCUGCAGGGUAUGGACUGUGGCUUUCCCUCACACAGCUUGUGUUCAAGAAGGUUAUAAAAAGGGAAACAUUCAAAGUGAUCAUGGAUAUGAUAAUAUACACGUUCCUUGUAGGUACUUGUGCUACUUUAGUGGGACUUUUUGCUAGUGGAGAGUGGAAAGGUCUGAAGAAUGAAAUGAAGGAGUAUGAGAUGGGGAAGGCUUCAUAUGUGCUGAACCUCACUUCCACAGCCAUAUUUUGGCAACUCUUUACAAUUGGUUGUUUGGGCCUUAUUAGUGAGGUUUCUUCCCUCUUCUGUAAUGCCAUAACCGUUUUGAGAGUGCCUCUCGUUCCAAUGUUGGCAGUGAUAUUCUUUCAUGACAAAAUGCAUGGUGUUAAGGUUAUAUCUAUGGUGCUAGCUAUUUGGGGCAUUAUAUCAUAUCUGUAUCAACAGUACCUCGAUGAUACCAAGUCUGAAAACAGAAACACCAGUAAUGUUCCAAAGCCUUCUGCACCACUAGAUGAGGUUAAUAAAUGA